AUGGUCAAGAGAGUGUCUCGUGACCCACAUUCUUCAUGCUUCAAUGGAGGUCUUAUUGUGCGCAAACACAAUGCUAGUAAAAAGUUCAGUGGAUUUACUCUGAUUGAAUUGUUGGUCGUGAUCGCAAUCAUUGCGAUUCUGAUUGCUCUUUUAUUGCCAGCUGUUCAGCAGGCACGAGAGGCGGCUCGUCGAACCCAGUGCAAGAACAAUCUGAAGCAGAUUGGCAUUGCGAUUCACAACUACCAUGACAUUUACAAUCAAUUCCCGAAUGCGAACUCCGGUGGAUUGAACAAUUCCAGCUUAAGUGGAUCGAGUCUCUUUACGAGCAUCCUGCCACUCAUUGAUCAAGCGAACGCUUAUCAGCAGUAUGACUUCACGAAAGGGAACACCGACCCGGACAAUCAGGCGGUUGUGGGACAGCAAUUGCCCUUCUACCUCUGUCCCUCUUCGCCGAUCAGACGUCCUGUACCUGGUUGCGAUGAGGAUAAUGGCAGAGCACCGGGGAACUACGCUGUCUGCAUCGGCUCGCAGGAUUUCAAUCAGUAUUGGGCCUUCCUGCGUCAGCCGCGUCCUACGCUGAAUGGAGCAAUCGUCUACACCGACAGCAAUCCAGGCAAAACGAAGUUCCGCGAUUUCACGGAUGGCACGAGCAGUACGCUGAUGAUUGGAGAAACGGCGUACAAUCUGCCCGACUAUGCGUUCCGUAGCGGUAACUGCGCAGGGGAAUCGCGGUACUCCUUUACAUAUUGGUCAAACCCCUUCCCCGGCUCAACAGCUUGCACGACUGCCUACGACUUCAAUCCUUACGAUAUCGGAGGAGAUAGCCUGUUUGAUCCCAAUUGGACUCGCUCUUUCCGUAGUGAACACGUUGGCGGAGUUCAAUUUACCUUCUCCGAUGGACUGGUCAUUGCUGUCUCGCUGGCCAACUUGCAACUGAUGGGAUGUUCCCGUCGCCCAGAUGGUCCUGUCCGUGCGAAAGUCAGUGGAACGGUCAGCUUGGAUGAGAAACCUUUGCAAGAGGGUGUGAUUCGCUUCAUCCCAAACGGCGAAACAGAAGGACCGCAAACAACCAUCACCAUUGCUAAUGGGACUUUUGAGGCAAAUGGUGAAACCGCCCCGAUCGUCGGGCAGCAUCGUAUCGAGAUCCAAUCGACUGACGACGGCGGUUACGCCAUGGACGAUGAACAGGUUUACUUUGGUGAAGAUGCGUCCCCUGCUGAUCCAGAAUACCUGAAAUAUAUCGACGGGAUGCAAGCCUGGAUGCUCAGCGAGAACGGUCAACUCAAACAGCUAGAGCCUCAGCGAACAGAAGAGGAAAUGUCGCUGCAACUCAGCGAGAAGCAACUUUCAGGACUCAUUCUGGCCAGCCACGAUUUGGGUGUGAUGGAUCGUGGCGACAGCAAGUUUCGCCUGAAGUAUUUCGCGAAAACGGGUCCUGCUUCAGGUGCUGAAAUCUGGUCAAGUAAAAAGAGCUCUGAAGUUCUGAAGUUAGAUGUGAUUCCGCAACAUUCUGAGGCAGGAACAUUGCUGACAGUUCUCUUUAAUGGAGAAGCUAUCUCAGGUGCUGAAUCGACUGCCAGUGGGCCAGGGCUCGAUCACUAUGAGGAAAAGACGGGCGAAUCAGGGACGGUUGUCAUUCCAACACACAAAAGUGGAUUGUAUUCCAUACGCGUGAAACAUGUUGAGGCGAUUCCCGGAGAACUCGAAGGGAAAGAAUAUCCUGAAACACGCUACUAUACCACUUUAACACUUCGCGUGCAGUCCGACUCUUCACAGCUGCCUGAGAGAAACCUCCAGUCACUCAAGCAGCCUGUGACGAGUUUUGGCGGAGCGAUUCUGAAUGGAAAUCUCUACAUCUAUGGAGGGCACACAGGGGGAGCACAUUCCUACGGCUACGAUGCGCAGGCACAUCACCUUGAGAAGCUCGACCUGAAAACUGGUGAGUGGAGUACCAUUGUCCAGGGACCUCGCCUGCAGGGCUUAGCCCUUGUCGCUGCCGGGGACAAGCUGUAUCGCAUCGGCGGUUUUACUGCGAAGAACAAGGAAGGUGAUGAUCACGACUUGUGGUCACAGGACAGUGUGGCAGCGAUCGAUCCAGCGGAUGGGAAAUGGAUCGAGAUGCCUAGUUUGCCGGAACCUCGUUCCUCGUUCGAUGCCGCCGUAUUGGAUGGCAAGAUCUAUGUCGCUGGUGGCUGGGCGAUGGCAGGCGAGGCCGACAGCGUCUGGCACCAGACUGCCUGGGUUCUCGACACACAGGCAAUUGAUCAAGGUUGGCAAGAGUUGGUGACUCCUCCUUUUCAGCGACGCGCCCUCGCCUUAGCUGCCUACAAUGGAAAGAUCUACGCCAUAGGUGGGAUGCAAAUGGAAGGUGGCCCCACACGUCAAGUUGAUGUUUAUGACCCACAAACGAAAACCUGGUCCUCGGGUCCUGAGAUUCUGGGAGAAGAUGGCAUGACCGGCUUCGGUUCCUCUGCCUUCGCAACCGGCGGACGACUGUAUGUCUCUACCAUCAAGGGAGAACUGCAGCGUCUUUCUGAAGAUGGUUCAACCUGGGAGAUGGUCAAGAAGACGCCGACUCCCCGUUUCUUCCAUCGCAUGUUGCCCUAUGAUCAGGAGAACUUGCUUGUCGUGCUUUGGGAGCGAAAUCUCGUGACAGACUACGGCAAGAUUGAUGCCCGUCAUGGAAUUGCAGCUUCACUCGAACAAAAUCACGAUUCUGUUUUUGUAUGGGUCGAACGGCAAACAGAGCCCUACCUGAUUUCAAUCGCGAAAGAUACAGGUGAAACCCGCUGGAAGGUUGCCGGCUUGGGAACAACGAGUUGGGCCAGCCCUCGUCUGGUUCCAGUGGAGUCUCAACAGCAUUUGGUAUUGAGCGGAAUUGGAAAACUGGUCGGUAUCAAUCCUGUCUCCGGUGACCGCUUAUGGGAAUUCAAUGAGAUCACCGGCAAUUCGACACCAACGCCGAUCCCACUCGGAGAGGGGAAGUUUCUUGUCGGCGCGACUGUCGGUCGUGGUGAAACGAAUACGGGACGAGCAGCAGAGUCGAACGGAGUGAUUGAGAUACGGUCUGGAGAUGCUGGUGACUGGAAAGUUGACUACCUGUGGCAAGCGAAGCGAGCAACCAGUUCCUUUGGUUCCCCCGUGGCAACCGAUGCACAUUGCUAUUUCGUCAAUCGCUCUGGAGUCGCGUACUGCCUGGACAGAAAUACCGGUGCUGAGGUCUAUGCAGAAAGACUUGGCGGCAGCAUCUGGGCAACGCCAUUUGUGGUCGGGGAGAACUUGUUCUUUCCACUCAAGGAGGGUAGUCUGAAAGUCGUCAAGCGUGGCGCCGACUACUCUGAACGUUUCACGCUGAUUGAAUUACUUGUCGUCAUUGCGAUCAUUGCAAUCUUGAUUGCCUUGUUAUUGCCAGCUGUUCAGCAGGCUCGGGAAGCGGCUCGACGAACACAAUGUAAGAACCAUUUGAAGCAACUCGCGUUAGCAGUCCACAACUAUGCUGAUGUGGCAACAGUCCUGCCUCCAAGUGCGUGCCUGAAUCUUUCUGUGACUCAAACGGGCAACAACGGGUCCUGGGGUGUCCAUGGGCGUAUUCUGCCCUUCCUCGAUCAGGCAAAUCUCUAUAACUCCGUCGACUUAACCGUUGCCUGGGAUUUUCAACAGGCGAUCAACGGUCUCAAGAUUCCGAUUUAUGCCUGUCCGAGUGAUCCGCGUAGCGACGAAGCACGCGAUCCGGGCAGCGGCAGACCGAUUCUGUACCCGACGAAUUAUGGCUUCAACUUUGGGACUUAUUUCGUGUUUGAUCCCACGAACAGUCGCGGAGGAGAUGGGGCUUUCUUUCCAAACUCGAAACUGAAAAUGGCAGCCUUUACCGAUGGAACCAGCAAUACUCUGCUCGCUUCAGAGGUGAAAGCCUGGACCGCCUACAACCGCAAUGGAGGACCAUCUUCCACGACAGUCCCUGCCAACAUUACCGAAGCGGAAGCCAUCGUGGCCAGCGGAGCACAGUUCAAGAAUACCGGUCAUACUGAAUGGCCCGAUGGGCGUGUCCAUCAUCAAGGUUUUACAACAGCGAUGCCCCCCAAUGCCAAAGUCACCUGCACCAAUGGCGGUACCAUUUACGAAGAAUGUGAUUUCAACUCCUGGCAGGAAGGGAGAGACGGAGCAAACGGAAACCCCAGCUACGCCAUUAUCACCUCAAGAAGUCACCACACCGGUAUCGUCAACUCAGCUCUCGCAGAUGGGUCCGUUCGCUCCAUUAGCGAGAAUCUCGAUCUGGGAAUCUGGCGCGGAUUGGGAACGAGAAGUGGCGGAGAAAUUCCGGGUGAAUUUUAA